GCGUCUUCUCUUUGACCGGUUUGACCGGAAUAAAUCGGGUGCCUUGGAGCUCGAUGAGCUCAAUGCACUGCAGCAGUCGCGAGGCCUUGGGGUGGUCUACAGCGAAGAGGACUUUCGUGAGCUUCUUGCUGCCAUGGGCAACCUCGAUGGUGCGUCGUCAACCGGGCUGUCGUGGCAGGCCUUUCUCUCCCACUAUACGACCUACGGCGGGGUGUACGAUGGCGUCCAGCAGCUGGGUGGCCUCGACAACCUUCUGCACGGAUCCAUCUCGUGGGUCCUCGCCAUCAAUAGGCACUGGCUCCUGCACCUCGAGGCCAACGCCGCAGCGUCUGUUUGGCGCAACCGCUUCCUCAAGUGGAGUCUGCUACUAACCCAGUACCUCACCGACGUGACGCUCGAGCUGUCUUUUCCAAGCGCACUGAGCUGUGCGCGGUAUUUCUGGCCGCGCAUCAAGAAUUGGCCGAUCCUCGAGGCGCCGUAUUGGCUCGCCAACCAGCUCUACGACCUGAGCACACUCUUUUGGCAUGCACAUACGGAGCCGCAUACGACCGACCAAGCAGGCUGCUUGAACCUUCUGUGCGCAGCGAAGAGCUCGCUCUCGAAGCUAGGCCACAUGCGGUCGUCCGAGCAGCACGCGCUGGCCUCCGAGACGCUCGAGAUGGAGAGCAUCCGCAAGUUCUUGGAGGCGUAUCCUGCGCUCGAAGCUGCCGUCUGCGGCGUCCAGCAGCUCUCGGUCGUGACGCGACCCGCGUCGUUCAAGGUCGAGUUGGAGCACUGCGUUGUCGCCAAGGCCAAAUCUUGUCCUUGA